AAUCCCGCUCCCUGCAGGUCAGUGAAAGGGCUCCCCGAGUGUGUCAAAUUGUUCAUGAAGCAAGUAGACAUUAUUCUUGACUGGAUAUUCAUGUGCCCUUGUGGUGCAUUUAAAGGUGAAAAUACUUGGGAAGCCUCGUCACCAUCAUGAACGACACAGUAACUAUCUGGACCAGGAAGUUCAUGACUAACCGACUACUUCAGCAGAAACAGAUGGUCAUUGAUGUUCUUCACCCUGGAAAGGCAACGGUACCCAAGACAGAAAUUCGGGAUAAACUAGCCAAAAUGUACAAGACCACACCAGAUGUCAUAUUUGUGUUUGGAUUCAGAACCCAUUUUGGUGGUGGCAAGACAACCGGCUUUGGCAUGAUUUAUGAUUCUUUGGAUUAUGCAAAGAAAAAUGAACCCAAACACAGACUUGCAAGACAUGGCCUGUAUGAGAAGAAAAAGACAUCAGGAAAACAGCGAAAGGAACGUAAGAACAGAAUGAAGAAAGUCAGGGGGACUGCAAAAGCCAACGUUGGUGCUGGCAAAAAGUGA